CCAGCCACUCUACCGCAUCUUCUUGUCUGGUGGUUGCCGAGCCUUGACUCCAUCGGAACAAGGGGAGACUUCACUUGGUCGGGAAAUUGGAGUUCGAGGUGGGGAUGGAUCUGGGCGACGCCGGCGGGGUGGUGGUGAAGGAGGAGGCGGGGGUCGAGGCGGAGGAGUUCGAUCCGACGGAGGACGAGCUGGUGCUGCACUUCCUGCGGCCGCAGCUGCGCGGGUUCCCGCCGCGGGUGGCGGGGGCGGUGGUGGAGGCGGACCCGUGCGCGUCGCCGCCCUGGGAGCUGCUGGAGCGGCACGGCCUGCUGCGGCGCGGGCACGGCUACUUCUUCGCUGCGCGGCGGCGCGGGAAGGUGCGGCGCACCCCGGAGGGCGGCGGCGGCGCGUGGAUGCACAGCGGCAACAAGGAGGACCGGCGGUCCGUGACGGAGCUGGGCGUGGUGGCGCGCUGGACCAUGACGCGCUACUGCUUCUACGCCCGCGACGGGGCCGGGGCGGGGCGGCGGAGCACCGGGUGGGUCAUGUCCGAGUACGAGAUCACGGACCCGCGCUGCUACCGCCGCGCCGACGACGGCGAGGAGGACCAGUACUGGGUGCUCUGCCACGUCCGCCGCAGCAUCAGGGAGAACGUCAAGCCGCGCUCCCGCCGGCGGUAGGGGGUCAAGCCGCGCUCCCGCCGGCGGUAGGGGGUCAAGCCGCCG